AUGGCUUCUGAUAGAGAAGACAAGAUCAACAUUCCUGCUCAGGACCCUGAUGCGAAGAUGGGUGAGACGUUGAGUCUUCAGGGGUCGAUGCAGGUUGCAGAGGAGGGAGUCGAUAACCACUAUAGGGGACGAAAGGUUUUGAGAAGGAUUGAUCUUUGCCUUAUGCCCCUUCUGCUCGUGUCUUAUACACUGCAGUUCCUUGACAAGCAGUCGCUUAACUUUUCUUCCAUCAUGGGCAUCAUCGACGACCUGGAUCUCGUUGGAUCGAGAUACAGCUGGUGCAGCAGCGCUUUCUACUUCGGCUACCUCGCCUUCAGCUACCCAGCGUCAUGGCUGAUGGUCCGUCUGCCUCUCGGCAAUCUCGCUUGGGCUAUCAUCCUCUGCUGCCACGCCACAGUCCAAACCUUCCCCGGUCUUCUCGUCGCUCGCUUCUUCCUUGGUGUAGCAGAGGCUUCCAUCUCGCCUGGUUUCUCCCUCAUCACUGGAAUGUGGUAUAAGCGUGAGGAACAGCCUUUCCGACACGGUAUCUGGUUCUUGGGAAAUGCCAUUGCUACUUCAUUUGGUGGUCUGUUGGCGUACGGUAUUGCUCACAUUGGCGGUGCUCUUGAGUCUUGGAGAUGGCUCUUUAUCAUCUUCGGUCUCAUCACCCUCGUCUGGGCCAUUGUACUAGCCAUCUUCCUCCCUGACACUCCCGACAACGCCCGUUUCCUCGAUCAACAACAGCGCAUCGAUGCCGUCGAUCGUAUCCGAAGUAACCAAACUGGCUUGAAGAACAACAGCUUCAAGUGGGAGCAGGUCCGCGAAGUUAUCAAGGAUCCCAAUGUCCUGCUCUUGAUGGUCUUCCAAGUUGCCUUUAGCAUUCCCAACGGUGCACAUACCACUUUCAGUAGUCUUGUCAUGGCGGGCUUCGGCUUCAGUCGUUUCCAGGUCUACCUCCUCAACAUGCCCAUGGGUGCCAUUCUUGCUUUCUUCGCUCUCGGAUCAACCUACCUUUGCAGUCGUUUUAGUGGCUACAGAACCAUUAUUGGCGCAUGCCUCAGCCUGAUCAGUUUGGCCGGGUCGCUUCUCGUUCGUUACGGCCCCAACCAAGGAAGUCGACUCUUUGGACUGUGGAUCUUUGUCGCGUUCGCUGCUGGUUUUCCUAUUUCCUUGUCCAUGGUCGCUUCCAACGUCGCUGGCUUUACUAAAAAGAGUGUCGCCGCCGCGAUGAUGUUUAUGGCAUAUACCACCGGUAAUAUCAUCGGUCCUUUUCUGUUCUUCGCCCGCGAGGCACCCGAAUACUCGAGCGGUUUCUUGGCUACCACGAUCUGCUUCGGCAUUUCGACCGUCACUAUGAUCGUUCUUCGAUUCGUGCUGAUCGCCGAGAACAAGCGACGCGAUAGGCUCCAGCAGACGAGCGCUGGCCUUCAGGACGAUACGGAGCAUCUCGAGAUCUCCGAUAUCACUGAUAGGAAGAACCUCAACUUCCGUUAUGUUUACUAA